CUUGCAUAUUUUUGAACUCUGCCUAAUUCCUCAUAGGCGGUCACAAUCCACAAAUCACAAUUGCACAAAUUGGAUUUCGAACCGCCACUGAUACGGGAAUUUCGCAGAAUAAUCAUUAGUAUUUUCGAUCAAAUCCCCAAAAUCCUUGGUUUAACAAUUUCAAAUUUAUUCUUUGUCAACAAAAGAAUCCCUUUCCAGAUCCAACACUCGCUUAAUCAAUAGAUUAUAUCUCUCUUAUUUAACUUCCCCAUGAUCGCCAACUCUCCAUCGCUUCAUGUCCGUGGCCGGUUGAGAUCAAGUAAUUAUUUUUCUGAUUCAUUUUCAUAUUGUUUACAAGUAUCUACUUGUUGAGCGGAAUUUAGCUGAAUUUAAACAUCGGAUUCAAUUGACGUGAAUUUGGGUUUUUUCUCAGGAGCUUAUCUGAGGCAUUGGUUAUGUGUGAGGGAUUAGUGGAGGAUGAUGAAUGUUGGUGAUGCUUGAUAUGUGUAUGGAUAUAUCUGGGCCGUAUGCAUCUGUUGGAAUAGGUCAUCAAGGUGUUGUUUUCAUGAAAGAGAAAAAUCGGUGACCUCCCUGAAUGUGAAAAGUUAGUAAAAGCAGAAAUUUGUGAAGGUUUUGAUACCGGAUUUUAUAACUAGUUUGAAUAAGAGAGCCAUGACUUCUGUCUCUAUUAAAGAAUGGCCUAAAUCGGCAUACCCAAAAGCCCUUCUUUCCAUUGUUGCUUCAGUUGGUGGUCUUGCCGUAUUCUUACUUCUUGCUUCCACCUUUUUGCUCUCGCAACCCAUCGGUUCUACUGUUCGUGGGUACUUCUAUGGUGUUGAGAGCUCGAGAAAAAUUGAUUCAGGGUCUGCCACCAUUCAUCCAAGUCCCGAUUCCAGCUACAAUAUCAAUCAGAUUGAAGACAUACAAAAAUCAAAUUUAACUGUUCAGGAAGGGAAUGAAAAUGAAGUUAAUUCUCAACAUGGCGGUAUUAAAUCUUCUGAAUUUGGUGAAGAUAAUCAGACUACAGUAUCGCAAGAGAAGACUGAAAUUUCAGGUUCAGGACAAGUAGUAUCUGAGAAUUCAAAGGAAAAGAUCCAAGAGUCAAUGGUAUCUCUUGAAGGGGAUGUCAACAGGAUUCCAUCUCCGAAUGAUGCUGAUUUUAGUAAAAAUGCAUCAUCCUCCUCCAAUAAUGUGCCAAAUGAAAUAACGGAGAUUGUGGAGUCUUCUGAUUCUACCACCAAGCAGAGUCAAGCUAAUUUUGUUGAUUCAGAUUGUGAUCUUUCGCAUGGAAAAUGGAUUCAUGACAUGAAGGGGCCUCUGUACACAAAUAACUCAUGUCCUGUGAUCACUCAGAUGCAGAACUGCCAAGGGAAUGGAAGGCCAGACAAAGAUUAUGAGAACUGGAGAUGGAAACCAUCCCAAUGUGAAAUCCCAAGAUUUGAUCCGAAGAAGUUCUUGGAGUUAAUGAGAGGAAAAACUUUAGCUUUUAUUGGUGAUUCAGUUGCACGGAAUCAGAUGGAAUCAAUGUUGUGUAUCCUGUGGCAGGUGGAGGCCCCCAAAAAUCGAGGCAACAAGAGAAUGCAACGCUACUACUUCAGGUCCACAUCCACAAUGAUUGUCCGCAUAUGGUCCUCCUGGCUCGUCCACCAGACAUCUGACCCGUUAGACUUUGCGCCAGCUGGUGUGGUCAAGCUCCACCUGGACGCCCCAGACGAGGUCUUCAUGGACUACAUCACGGACUUCGACGUGAUCGUCCUUUCCUCAGGCCACUGGUUCGCCAAGCAGUCGGUCUACGUUUUGAACAACGAGAUUGUCGGGGGACAGCUAUGGUGGCCCGAUAACUCUCGAAAGAAGAAAAUCGACAACAUCGAGGCUUUCGGGGUUUCGGUCGAGUCCAUUCUUACAGCUAUGGCCACGCAUCCCAACUACACGGGCCUCACCAUUGUCCGGAGCUUCUCGCCUGACCAUUACGAAGGCGGGGCCUGGAAUACAGGCGGGUCUUGCACGGGGAAAGUACAGCCAGCCGAGGAAGGAAAACUGGUCGAGAAUGGGUUUACCAAUGUAAUGCAUGAGAAGCAGGUGACGGGUUUCAACCGCGCGUUGAAGAAGAAGACGAACAAGUCGAGAAUGACGCUGCUGGAUAUCACGGAAGCCUUCUCGUAUAGGCAUGACGGGCAUCCGGGCCCAUACCGAAGCCCGGACCCAAAUAAGGUUACUAAGAGGGGCCCGGAUGGGAGGCCGCCGCCACAGGAUUGCCUGCACUGGUGCAUGCCGGGCCCGGUGGAUACGUGGAACGAGCUGGUUUUCGAAAUUAUAAGACGAGAGUUUGGCAAGAGAUCAGAUAGUUCGCUUUGAGGGUUUAGUGUGUGAUGGGUUUUGUCCAGAAGUGAGUGUUGUUUGGUUAGAGACAUUCUUUUGCCUUGUUUUUACUUCAUACUAUAUUUUCCAUUGGAGGAAAUUAUGUAACUUAUGGUUAAAUGAGAUCUAGCUGGUUUGGUUUUAUAGCAGACAGAUGUUAUUGUAAACGGAACGAUUUUUAAUAGUAAGUUAAUUAAUUUCCUCGAGUUUAAUAUCGACUAGCGCUUGUUAUUCUGCAUCCAGAGUUUUCUAUGUAAUACACCAUCCUUUAUACAUGUGGUAUUGAAGGAUAUCAAAUAUAUGAUUUUCU